AUGGCGACGCGCGCGCGACCCGGCGGCCGGCGUGGACGAGUAGCCGCGGCGGCGCUGGCGACCGGCGGGGUGGACGGCACCGAGGGCCCGGGGCGGCCGGCGCCGCUCAAGGAUGAGGUCCUGGGCGUGGUGUCCGUGCCUUCGCAGUGGAGGGGCGUCCAGGGCGUCCGCGGGGAGACGAAAAGCUGCCAGACGGUCAGCAUUGGCACUGCUGAGGCCACCGUGCAGGCCUGCAAGCAUACGGAUGUGCAGGUGCAGACGGAGGCACCCGAGCUGCCCGGCACGCAGCCUGCAUCCCGGCGGGACACCCCCCGGCUGGCAGCCUUCCUGCGCAGAGUGGAGGCCAUGGUCAUCCGAGAGCUCAACAAGAACUGGCAGAGCCACGCCUUCGACGGCUUCGAGGUGAACUGGACAGAGCAGCAGCAGACGGUGUCCUGCCUGCACACCCUGGGCUACCCCCCAGCCCAAGGCCAGGGGCUGCAUGUGACCAGCAUCUCCUGGAAUAGCACAGGCUCCGUGCUGGCCUGUGCCUAUGGCCGGCUGGACGAUGGGGACUGGAGCACGCUCAGGUCCUACGUGUGCACCUGGAACCUGGAUCGGCGCGGCCUGAACCCCCGGCAGCCGUCGGCGGUGGUGGAGGUGCCCAGUGCCAUCAUGUGCCUGGCAUUCCACCCCACACAGCCAUCGCACAUCGCAGGAGGGCUGUACAGUGGUGAGGUGUUGGUGUGGGACACAAGCCGGCCUGAGGACCCACUGCUGUGCCGCACCGGCUUGACUGACGACACCCACACAGACCCCGUGUGCCAGGUGGUGUGGCUGCCGGAGCCCCGCCCCAGCCACCGCUUCCAGGUACUGAGUGUGGCCCCCGAUGGCAAGGUGCUGCUGUGGCAGGCGGCCGGGGCUGGGCGCCUGCAGCUGGCCGAGGGCUUUGCCUUGGUCAUGCAGCAGCUGCCGCGCAGCCCCAAGCUGAAGAAGCCUUCCCGGGGUGAGACUGAGGUAGGGGCCACGGCCGUGGCCUUCUCCAGCUUUGACCCCAGCCUGUUCGUCCUGGGCACGGAGGGCGGCUUCCCUCUCAAGUGUUCGCUGGCGGCAGAGGAGGUGGCCCUCACGCGGCUGCCUAGCUCCGUGCCCCUGCGUGCCCCAGCACAGUUCACUUUCUCACCCCACGGUGGGCCCGUCUACGCCGUCAGCUGCUCUCCCUUCCACAGGAAUCUGUUCCUGAGCGCUGGCACCGACGGCCACGUGCACCUGCACUCCAUGCUGCAGGCCCAGCCCCUUGCCACGCUGCAGCUGUCGCACAAAUACUUGUUCGCCGUGCGUUGGUCCCCAGUGCGCCCCUUGGUUUUUGCUGCUGCUUCUGGGGAAGGGGACGUGCUGCUCUUCGACCUUCACAGAAGCUCCCAGAAGCCCAGUGUCUCCAUCAGGCAGACCCCAGAUGGCAGCCCUGUGUACUGCCUGGAGUUUAACCCGCAGCAGACCCAGCUCCUGGCCACCGGCGACGCCAAGGGCGCCGUGAAGGUGUGGCAGCUGAGCACUGAAUUCACGGCGCAGGGGCCCCGGGAAGUGGAGGACCUGGAACAGCUGGCCAUGGAGGUGGCUGCCCGGGGGUGACUGGAGCCCGUGGGCCUCCAGGAGCUUGCCGCAGGUGGAAUAAAGAAUCAAGGGCUGUA